AUGUUGGAAUGGUGGGACAAAUGGGAGCUACGAGGAUUGAUUUUGCUCAGCCUUGUCUCGCAAAUUAUAUUAACACUAUUGGGUGACCGUAGAAAACGUAAACCCAGUAAGUUGAGACGAGCACUUGUGUGGUCUUCCUACUUGCUAGCAGAUAAGGUGGCAACUGUAGCAAUGGGCGUCAUCUCCAGCAAUUUAGGAGAGUAUUACAACAAGGGUGAACAACCAAAGAAUGUUAAUCCUCAGCUUCUUGCAUUUUGGGCUCCUUUUUUUCUAAUGCACCUUGGUGGUCCUGAUACAAUCACAGCCUAUGCUUUAGAAGACAAUGAGUUAUGGCUAAGGCACUUUGUUGGUUUGUUGUCUCAAACGUCCCUGACUGUCUACGUAAUUAUUUUGUCUUGGAAAGGAGAUUGGCUUUCACAUCUUACCAUUCCCAUGUUAAUUAUUGGGAUUAUUAAGUAUGGGGAAAGGACAUGGUCUUUGUAUCGAGCUAGUAUCAAGCAUCUUAGGGAUUCUUUCCUUCGUUCAAUAGAUUCUUCUAGGAAGAGCGACCAAUGGCAAGAAUCAAGGGCUAGCUCUCUAUGUGGUCGAAUUCUCAAUCGGGUCUUUCCAAAAAAGAGAAGAAAGAAUGGGGGAGAAGAUUUGACUCCGAUUGGAGACCCAACGACUUUUCUUCGAGCCAUUUGUAUCUUCAUAAGCCUCUUUGUUGAUUUGGUCAUGAACCCCUGGGACAUUACUAAAGAUAGAGAAGAAGUACUUGAAGAUUUAAGUAUGGACUUCACCGACUAUUUUACCUUAGUGAAUUUCGAACUUAAAUUAAUGUACGAUGUGUUCUACACCAAGGCAUUUGCAAAUUAUGGCGUCUUGGGUUUGGUGUCACGCUUGAUCACUCUAACUACCACUAUCGUUGUGCUUGUGUCAUAUCCUAUUUUAAGUGAAAAUGAGCACCUAUUUGAGGAUCACAUCAUCACAUACCUCUUGCUAGUUGGAGCAUUGAUAUCGGAAAUAUAUGCCUUUAUAUUGGUUGCGUUCUCCAGAUGGACAUUCUACUACAUUUCAAUUAAAGGUCUAUCGGCAUUUUCUUUAAUCCCAACGUUUAUGCUGGAUGUGAUCAUUAAGAAGAAUGAAGAAGAUAAUUUUUCUUCGGUAAUGGGACAGUCUAACUUGUUGAAUUUGAUUUGCAACAAAAAUUUGAACAUAAAGGGUAAUUUCUUCCCGAUGAACAAGUUAGAAGAACUCCCAAGUGUUAGCCAUUGCUUAACCUCUAAACCGUUAGAAACAAUGAUCCUUCAACACUUGCAGGAUAAAUCCAAGAAAGGCCUGCAGUCAAAUCCUUUAGGCGCCCCGGGAUUUAGGAAUCUUUUAUUUGGGAAAAAUGUUUCAAUUUUCACAAGUGAGCUUGAAUUUCAUAGAACCAUUAUUACUUGGCACAUUGCUACAAAUCUGUUUUAUUACUCUAACGAGGACUCGAUGAGUUCUGUAGUGAAUUCAAGGAAGAACUGCAAAGAGAUGUCUGAUUAUAUGUUUUACCUCUUGCUCAAGCAACGUCACAUGUUGCCAGUAGGAGCAGCGUUGGUAACUCUUCAAGACACUGUCAUUGAUGCCGUGGAAUAUUUCAAACGCAAGAAUGUUGUUCCGCGACAAGACAAUUUACCUGAAACUUGUACGAUAUUACUUCAACAUGACAUAGCUACAACAGGAGAUGAUAAAGCCUCAAAGAUGCAAAGUGCAUCUGUUAUGUUUCAUGCUUGUAAUGUAGCAAAAGAACUCAUUGCUGCAGAAAAUGGAAUCCAAAUGUGGAAAUUUGUUGAAGAAUUGUGGGUUGAGAUUUUGUGCUAUGCUGGUGCUCAAUGUAGAGUAGAUAUGCAUGCUCAACAACUUAGAAGAGGCCCUGAAUUUCUCUCUAAUGUCUGGCUCCUUCAAGCUCAUCUUGGUUUGUUAGAUCAAUUUCAAUUUGUAGGAUCAAUUUCAGAUAACAGUGCUCACAGCCCUGAGGCAAAUUUGUAA